UGUUGUAGUGUCUCUCCUGCCUUCUCCAUGCAGCAGGUCAUCCACUCCUGGGUGCGGGACCCGCGGAUACGAAAGAAUGACUUCUGGCAUGCCUACAUAGACUAUGAAAUUUGUUUACAUACCGACAGUGUGUACUUCACUAAGAAAACCUCGAGUGUGAGAAGGAGGUACAGUGAGUUUGUAUGGCUAAGGCAAAAACUACAAGCAAAUUCACUACUAAUGAUACAGCUACCAGAGCUGCCACCAAAGAAUCCCUUCUUCAGCCUGAACAAUGCCCAACAGAUCACUGAGCGGAUGAAAGGGCUCCAGAAGUUUUUGGAACAGAUUCUCCAGAGCCCUCUGCUGCUGUCCGACAGUUGCUUGCACCUUUUCCUGCAAUCAGAGCUCAGCGUGUCCAAGAUAGAGGCCUGUGCUGCUGGAAGGACCCACUACUCAGUGGCCCAGGCGGUCCAGCGCUGCGGCCUGAGAAGAUUCCACUCUGAAGAAGAUCUGCAGAAGCAACGCAGCAUGUGCUGUGACUCUGACUCAGACAGCUCAGAGUGUAGAGAUCCAGAGCCUCAGAUGAAAGACUUGGCAAUAAACAAAGCAGAAAGUACAGCUUCACUUGAUCUCUUGGGAACCAGCCAGGAGGAGAGCUUCAGCUGCUCAUCCGGUUCUACAUGAAAACAUCAUCUUCAAACUACUGGGAGAAAUGUUGGAAUCUAUACCCUCACAUCCCGUACCACCUUUUUGGCGUGUGUAGAGGAAAGUUACCCGUUACCGCUUCAUACUGCACCUUUGGCUACGUAUUUGCUCCUAAUUAUUAUGUUCUCAUUUAGGCAUUUCAGUUUGAAACAUUUGCAGUAAGCAGUAACAAAAAUGUACCCAUCCAUAAAGUGUUUACCAGUAUGUGCUGUCUGCACAUCUAUAAAGUGGUAGCAACAAUUUGCCUGAAGAUGGCAGUAUUGUUACAUCCAUUUGUUUGUACCUGCUGUAACUGUCUAUAUUUACUUUGUAAACAAACUUAACAGAAGCGUCGUGAAUUUUGGUCAUUUCUAUCGUAAAAAUUGGCUGAAAUUCCCCUCUUAAUAAAGUGUAAGUUGUGGGACGCUUGUCAUCUGGUGGCCACUGCAGUGCUUAGCAGUAUGACACGUGUAAUAGGGUCUCUGCAGAGUUUUCAGACAGCCCCCCUGUCAGGUGUGCGACUGGUAGGAAGUCCUGUGGGAUCCCAAUGGACUCGCUCCUGUCUGAGAGGGCUACAAGGCUGCCAGGCUACAUUGCUCCCUGUUGAAUAAAA